AUGGAUACUUGCGCCACCCUCAGAAGGUCAUUGCCAAAGAGGGUGGACGCCUUGGCCGAGGUGAAUGCAAGGAGGAAAGACAGGUUGACAUGCACUUGCACUGCGUCUCCGCUUACUUCCGCGUAUGCCGGGUCCACCACUAGGACAGGCAAGUUCGGUGCCAGCCUUGACGACGAGGGGGGCUCCUCGCCCACGACAGACUUUGCCACGCAAAGGUUUCAUUGUAUCAUUGGUGAGGUGGAAGGUGCAUACCGACAGAACACAGAAAUAUAUAGUCUUCAGUCCAGAGCAACGCAUGUGACUAUGUCACAGACUAAGCGGCAAGACCACAGCGGGGCACCAGCGAUAACAGAAUCUCUACUGUCAUCACAGAUACUUCAUGCUCCACUUGUUGUUCAUGCUGUUGAGGACAUUAGUCCAACUCUUUUCACAGCCUUUCUCUCAUACACAGAUGAGGUGGUACAAACGACAGAAACAAAAUUUCAGAUACUCGAGAAAGAGGAAGAAGAACCUCACUCUGUCCCUUCUGGGGCGGUGGACUUUGUCAAGGUUCGAUUGUUUUUCUCGGAGAACUUCUCUUUACCUCACACAGGGGAACCUCUGCGUCAGCCGAAGAAAGCCUCUGUGGCGCUAUCAUGGUUUCUGCAGCGUCACCACGAGCUUGCCGCCACCAUGCUGUCAAUGGGAUUCGGGUUUCUUCUUGCUCUGAAGGAUCACCAGUUCUCGUGGAAAAAGGCGGCAGAGGUGCCGCUGACAGCGCUGCAAUUACUGGCCAGCUACGCGCACACGGUGAUGUGCCGGGAGGAGGUGAAGGACUUUGACACCCUCAGUGCAUGUCAGCAUCUUCUUGUUAUGGCCGCCUGCCUUCUUGUCUGUUGGAAACAUGCAGACAUCGACGCCAGUGCUGUUGUACUGCUCCGUAUCCUUGACGAAACCUUUUUUCAUCAUCAGCGCGUACUUAACGUGAGGGAUAUCACCCAGAUGGAGUCGGUUGUUCUCAGAGCAUGCGGAUUUUGCGUGGAAGAACCCCGCUGGUGGGCGGUCGCCCUUGAACUCCUUUCGGAAUCCCAUCGCGAAGAAGAAGAGCAGCAGAUCGUAAACGAGGGGCAGAUAGAGGAGGAGGAUGUGCGAGUGGGGUGGUCGCACUCCUUUAACGAAAAGGAUGAGUUUCAGUCCCGCUAUGAAAUCAGGUUGGAGAAACUUUUGCUGGCCAGCGAGCUGAUUCUGCUGUUCAUAAUGAAUGUGACUGCGGGUGAGGAUGAAGACGCGGCUGAGAAGGAUGGAUGCACAGGAGGUUCUGGUCGACGCCGCCAGCUGCAUCGUCUGCCCCUAAGUUGGAUGGAGUCGCAUCCCCUCUUUGGCGUCGCUCUUGCCGUUACUUGUGGUGCAGUGGAGCUCGAGUGGGUGGCGUUCCACAUUGCCCCAACAGGCAUUUUGCGCCACAAACCGAAGAAUGGCAAUAACGCCGGCGGAGUGCUUGAGCUGUCGGGUGGACUUCCCUCCUGCUGUGCUCAGGACGUCAUUCGGAAUGCUGACGAGGCGGCUCAGCGAGAGUUGUACAACAUGGUGGCAGUACUGAAAGAGGUGCUUGGUAAUUGCUCGGAGAUUGAGACAAAGAAUGGACGACGAAGUUAG